AAACAAUAUGUAUCACAUGCUCGACUUUUGGACAGUUGAAAAGAAAUUCUGGUAAUGUUCAAAACAAAUCGAAAAAUACAUUUAUAGAAAUUGUCAGUUAAUCUAUUUUGGCUAAUACUCCUUGGUUGUUUGUUCUCUUGCCAUGAGCUAUACGAACUUGAUGCAACAUCAGAGUGUGAUGGAUGGCUGCCAGAGGGUCAGUUGCAAUCGAUCCUACUCGACUACGGGAGGCGGCGCUCUGAUGGGCGGCGGUGUGGGGCAGCGUGUGGUGAUCAGCAAGGAAUUCGCCAUUGGAUGCAAACUGGAGCAAAAGGAUUGUUACCAGCCGCAGGUGGUAGAACGAACCUGGUGUGUCUAUAUACGGGAGCUGGACAAUGUGGAUAUGGGUUGUUAUGUGAGACGUGUUAGCUUUCGGAUGUCACCGCGUCUCCCAUUGCGUUUGCAUGUGGCCGAUGCCUCGCCUUUCGAGAUAACCGAAGUGCUGGACACGGAUUUCCCGAUUGAGAUGCAAGUGGAAUAUUCGGAUGUGAAAAUGACGCCAACAACAUAUAUAUAUCAGCCGAAGGGUAUAUUGAAUGGUAAACAUUGUUUGGAUAUCAGACAUGAUUUCAAGGGCGAAGAGCAUAAGGAUCGUAUGGCUUUUGUUAAUCCAUCGGAGAGUAUGAGAUUAAGUUUGACCACACCAACACCGCCAAAGGUUCAAACCAGCCAUGAGCAGAGAGGGGGGGAGUUGUUGCUGCCGAUAAAGAAGGAAAAGGGUAAGGUAAAGACACAGAAACCGCAACAACCCAAAUGGCGUCUAAAUAUACGUGGCCCAUUGUUGCCCCCUUUGGAUAAGGAUUAAC